AUGACUGGCAAUAUCAUUGAGCUUGACCUCAGCUGCAGCAAACUUGUUGGGACCAUUGACUCCAAUAGCAGCCGUUUCCAACUCUCUCAUCUCCAAAGGCUCAACCUUUCUUCGAAUGACUUCUACGGUUCUCAUAUCUCCCCUGAAUUUGGCAGGUUCUCGAGCUUGACACAUCUUGAUCUUUUCAGCUCCAAUUUCUCAGGUCAAAUUCCUUCUGAAAUCUCUCAUCUUUCAAAGUUACACUCUCUUCGUCUCAAUGGAUUUGGUCGUCUAAGACUCGUAGCUCACGAUUUUAAAUUGCUUCUUCAAAACUUGACUCAAUUAAGAGAGCUUGAUCUUACUUUCGUAAACAUCUCUUCCACCAUUCCUUUGAAUUUUUCUUCUCAUUUAACAACUCUGAGUAUGGGAUCUACAACAUUGUAUGGGAUAAUACCUGAGAAUAUAUUUCACUUACCCAACCUGGAAACACUUGAUUUAAGUUACAGCUAUCCACUAAGUGGUUAUUUUCCAAAAACCAAAUGGAACAGUAGUGCAUCUCUCAUAGAGUUAGAUCUCAGUGGCGUGAAUUUUUCUGAUAAUUUGCCUGAGUCUCUUGGAUAUCUAACAUCGGUGCGUUCUCUUUCUCUUAGAAAUUGUAAUCUUAGAGGGCCUAUUCCUGAAUCUCUUUUGAAUCUCACACAAAUAGAGGAUUUGGACCUUUGGACUAACUUCUUGAAUGGAACAAUACCGUCAUGGAUGUUCUCCCGGCUUCCAUCACUAAGUCGUUUAAUCUUGAGUAAUAACCACUUUUCUGGUCAGCUUGAGGAUCAUUUCAAGUCCAAUUCACUAGAAGAGAUUAAUUUAAGUGAUAAUCAGCUUCAAGGCAAUCUUCCCAACUCAAUUCAAAACCUUGUGAACCUAAAAAUCUUUUAUCUUGACUUGAAUAAUUUUAAGGGCAAUGUUGAUAUUAGCUUAUUUUCAAACCUCAAACAACUUUUGGUUCUUAGUCUUUCAUAUAAUAAUAUAUCAUUGAUCAAUGAGAACAAAGUCAAAUCUACUUUGCCCGAAUCUCUUGAGCAGUUAGGAUUGGCCAAAUGUGAUGUGAAAGAAGUGGAGUUUCUAAGAUCCGCAAAGAAUCUUGGGGAGUUGGAUCUUUCAGAUAAUAAACUUCAAGGAAGAAUUCCUGAUUGA